GUGAUCACUUUGAACUUUCCUUGGUGAUGUUUUCUAGUUAACCAAAUACACUCUAAAAUGCCAUCGAAAGCCAAUUUUCUGGAUCCAGACGAUUUUCCAUCACAUCCACCUGAAACCAUAAAAUUCCAUCUUACGCUAGGCGUCUGUUUCGUGUUUUUGUUGGUUGUAUUAGCCAUUGUAUACAAUUUCUUUACUUCAAUCAAGAACGACCCGGCGCUUUAUACACAGGUAUACCCUGGAAGUGACAAGGAAAAGUACUAGCAAGUGAUCAUUUAUUCCUCUGGUCACAUAAAAGUUGAUCCUUGUAAAGUUACAAAAUGAGCGGACUUGUGUAUCCAAUGGAAAAGCUCUGUCUUCCAGGACAAGGAGAAUUUCCUUACCCAGAACCAACACAGGAGGUUAAACGGGAUCCUGCAGUUUCUGAAGCAAAGGAACAAAAGUUGAGACGAAUUCUUGAAAAGAGUGAAGCAAUGUUCAGAGCGGAACCACCAAACCCAUACGCUCCGAUUAAUUCAGCAAAGGUUCCAUCGAUUUUUCCACAGGAACCUCUCUCUCACUAUGCCACCCCUACACAAUUUUCAAGAAUGUCAGAGGGAACGUUAUUUUUCAUUUUUUACUUUCUUCCGGGAACAAUCCAGCAACAAUUUGCUGCGCAGGAGCUCCGGAAGCUCUCUUGGAGGUUUCACACCAAGUUGUUGCUCUGGUUCAGACGUUACGGAGAGCCGUUCAAGGUCACAGAGACAUUUGAGCAGGGGAGUUUCUACUGCUUUGAGAUAGAAGAAUGGAAAAAGGUCGUUAGACCCGACUUUACCUUUUAUUACUCAUUUUUGGAGGAAUGAUCUUUCUCCACGAACUUGGAUCCCUAG